AUGGCGGAGCGGGAACAUGGCGCUCGCCUUCACAGGGAUGCUCCAACACCACAUGCCCUCGGUCCAGAGGUUGCUGUUCGGCAGGUUGCUAUGCGGCAUAUCAAGCCCGAUACAACUCCUCCCACUGAACUCCAAGAACAACAUGACGACGAGUUUCGGGACCAGCAGGAGGACCUCCUGGAACGAUUGUCAAAUCACUAUGCCCCAUACGAAGGUUAUGACCUUCUCAUCAAGACCUUUGAGAAGACGAUCAAUGGUUCAGUCAAAGCUACAUUCCAGGAUGGCACAAGGCUUGCUGAGGUAAGGGAGGAAGCCGUAAGACCCAAGGUCGGCCUCACCUUCUUGCCGGGGGCCGAUACUCCGCAGGUCAACCAAAUGGAAGAGAUACAGAUGACUCAAAUCACUCCAGAUCAAAAAGAUGCUUCCUGGAGGGUCAAUACCGCAGGGGCCCUUCUUGUCAACUUUUCAGUGCGUCAAGACAUGACGAUAUCCUUCUCCGACAACACUGGUGCUGUCGUCAAUGCGAUGCGCAGGCGCCAGAGUGGCGCCGAUGGGCCGCUCGUCGAACCAAAUAUGAGGUCGAAGGCACUUGCUAUUCGCAGAGCCGCCGAUCGAUUUGUGACCAUUGACAGUGCCAAUGUCAAGAUCGUCAAUGACUUAAACUCGGAAAGCUGGGACCUGGAAGGGCUCCUCGUGGAAGUAGAUCAGUCUAGCUUGAUGUCGCUCAUCUCUAACUACCAGCGCGUCAUCCGUCGGGGUGGCCCGGAUCUGCCUACCACGGAAACAAUACAAUUACUUGAUGUGAUGAUCGAGGAUGCGCGUAGACUUUGCGUUCGGAGCCCUAUCCUAUUUCGCAUGUCUACUCGUCGCCAGAUCGUCUCAUCUAAGAACACUAGAUAUGGCGUUGAUGAUGGGAAUAUGUUCAAGACCUUGACCACGAGCGCUGGCAUCAAGAAUAUCAUCUCGCUUAGCUCUUCCUACUUCAACUCGCUCUCCCAGCCAGCAACGCCAGUUCAGCAAGAGAAGAUGCAGCAGGAGAUUCGUCCUCGGUUUCUGCAGAUGCUUGUUCUCCUUUUAGCAUUACUCAACAACGAUGACUUAGCACUCCUCGAAGAGUUUUUAGAAGAGACCUACGGAAUCAGGGCUAGCCGGCAGCAUCUUGAGCUCUUGAUACUCAAAGUGCUUCCACUUUCUUCCAUCAACUCUAAAAUAUUCCUGAAUGCGCUCGUCUCUGCCGUUGAUCUACCCGAAGUGAAGCCAUCACCAAAUCGUUCCGAUCAGCCAAUUGUGUGGAACGUUCUCGUUGCAAGCUUGCUGCAGCAGGGCUACAUCCUUCCUGGCACUAUCGAUCAACUUGGUGGUUUCGAUCAAUCGUGGAUUGUCAAAUGGCCAAAGGAUGGUUUCAAAGAUGCAGGCGUCUUCAAGAACCUGCAAUAUUCAGGGGACUCGCGCACCGUCAAUGAAAUUCCUCCUAUGAACCUCAACCCCGAUCCAGUCUCAAGUGAGGUCACAGUCAUACUAGCAAAUGGUGGUAGCUACAUCAUUUCACAUGUCGACCUGGAAAACAUCAUGAGGAUGACGCCAGGAAGAUACUCAGUCACAGAAGCCCGCGAAGGCGGCCGAUCGUUCGAUCUUGACAUCAGCGAUGUUUGUGUUAAUCAGCCCUUGUUCCGGGCUAUUGGGGAGAUCAACGCAAUUCUCGGUCUUGUGAAAAGUAUUCUGCCUGUCCGUCCUAAGAACGAGAUCGUUCGUCGGUUUGACCUUCUUCUCCGUAGUGGGUCCCUUCGCACGAAUGGCCGAAGAUACGAAGACAGUUCCCUUCCUGAGCUCAAAUGUUGCGGUCGGUUGAAUUACAAUGUUGCGAGGCUAAACGGCCAUUACCUCGCAUUGGCAUGCAAGGUGGAUGGACGGAAGAUCACCAAGCGUGAGCUCCUCCGUCAUCUUCACUCGGAUAUGAAUAAGAUGGAAGCCACGACCAGAGCCAUCGAGGCGACUAUGCAAACUGCGUUUGAAGGCAAGCACACUAGCGAUCAUGUGCGACAAACUAUCUUCCGGCUGAAGGAAGGCCUUGCACAGAUUGGAAGGAUGAGCGAGGAUGUCGAUAGAAGGAAGAGCGCGAUGUCAGUGUAUGAUUCCGCGCUGCACAAUGAGCCAGUGUCCAAAGUUCUGUAUCAAGUGGGUACGAACGAGACACAGGUCUCAGUCUGGAGUGAUUACAAAGCUUGGCAUCAAGCUAGCGAGAACGUUCUUUAUAUCGAGUCACAUCGCAGGAUAGUUCAACAAGUGGCAUGGCAGGGCGAUACGCUUGAAGUUUUUUUCGAAGGCCUGCCCAUGAGGUAUUACGCUGCUCCUCUACGACCGCUUGAAGAGCAUGAGAAGUGGGAAGAGUUGAACAAAAAUGAUGUCGUUCUGCUAUGUGGUCACUAUAUGCUUGUUGUUGAGAUGACCAGAGAGACGUAUUAUCCCAGCAUGAACGCGGACGGACUGGAUCCGAGGCACAGACCGAGGCAGGGGCAGGACCAGUCUCGGCCUGUGUCGCUCGGAAUGGUGAUCAAUUGGUUGAAGGUCACUGGCAUUGAGGCUAUACCGGGCACAAGGAGGCAUCAGAACCGAGUGAGGGUGGGACCCAUCGUCAGAACUGCGAUCAGAUGA